UGUCUCCUCCGACUGAGCUGACCGUGACCAAUGUGACGGAUAAAACAGUCAAUCUGGAGUGGAAGCACGAGAACCUGGUCAACGAGUACCUCGUCACCUACGUCCCCACCAGCAGUGGGGGCUUGGACAUGCAGUUCACAGUGCCAGGGAACCACACCGCUGCCACCAUCCAUGAGCUGGAGCCCGGGGUGGAGUACUUCAUCCGUGUCUUUGCAAUCCUCAAAAACAAGAAGAGCAUUCCAGUCAGCGCCAGGGUAGCCACAUAUCUGCCUGCUCCAGAAGGUCUGAGAUUCAAAUCUGUCCGGGAAACGUCCGUCCAGGUGGAGUGGGACCCUCUGAACUUUUCCUUUGAUGGCUGGGAGCUGGUCUUCCGUAAUAUGAAAAAGGAUGAUAAUGGUGACAUAACCAGCAGCUUGAAAAGGCCAGAGACAUCCUACAUGCAGCCAGGUUUGGCACCRGGGCAGCAGUACAACGUGUCCAUCCAUGUCGUGAAGAACAACACCAGAGGACCAGGACUGUCCAAAGUGAUCACCACAAAACUUGAUGCCCCCAGCCAGGUGGAGGCCAGGGACGUCACCGACACCACCGCUCUCAUCACGUGGUCCAAACCCUUGGCUGAAGUUGAAGGUGUGGAGCUCACUUACGGCCCCAAGGACAUCCCAGGGGACAGGACAACCAUUGACCUCUCUGAGGAUGAGAACCAAUAUUCCAUUGGGAACCUGAGGCCGCACACCGAGUACGAGGUGACGCUCGUGUCCCGUCGGGGGGACAUGGAGAGCGACCCCGUGAAAGAAGUGUUUGUCACAGACCUGGAUGCUCCAAGAAACCUGAAGCGGGUGUCCCAGACUGACAACAGCAUCACCCUGGAGUGGAAGAACAGCCACGCCAAUGUCGAUAAUUACCGAAUUAAGUUUGCCCCCAUCUCUGGUGGGGACCACGUGGAGACCACAGUGCCCAAGGGCAGCCAGGCCACAACCAGAGCUACACUCACAGGUUUGAGGCCUGGGACUGAGUAUGGCAUUGGAGUGACAGCAGUGAGGAACGACAGGGAAAGUGCUCCUGCCACCAUCAACGCUGGCACUGAUCUCGAUAACCCCAAGGACCUGGAAGUCAGCGACCCCACAGAAACCACCUUGUCCCUGCGCUGGAGAAGGCCGGUGGCCAAGUUUGACCGCUACCGCCUGGUGUACUCGGCUCCCUCGGGGAAGAAGGGCGAGGUGGAGAUCCCGGUGGACAGCACCUCGUUCCUGCUGCGGGGGCUGGACGCRGGCACCGAGUACUCCAUCAGCCUGCAGGCGGAGAAAGGCCGGCACAAGAGCAAACCCACCACUGUCAAGGGCUCCACGGAGGAGGAAGCUGAGCUGGGGGAAUUGRCAGUAUCAAAGCCUGGCUGGGAUGGUUUCCAGCUCACCUGGACAGCAGCCGGCGGGCCCUAUGAGCGCUUUAUCCUCCAGGUGCAGGAGCGCGGCAAUCCCGAAGGAACCCGCAAUGUCACGGUGCCGGGGGGACUGAGCUCUGUCAAUGUCACCGGCCUCAAGGCCAACACUCCCUAUAACAUCACCCUUCAGGGGGUCAUUCGGGGCUCCAGGACCAAGCCCCUUUCUGUUGAGACCACCACAGGAGAGCAGCCCGCAGUCGCCGAGUUAACGGUUUCCGACAUUACCCCCGAAAGCUUCAACCUGUCCUGGACGGCCUCCAACGGCGACUUCGACGCCUUUACCAUUGAAAUUAUUGAUUCUAACAGGUUGCUGGAGCCCAUGGAGUUCAACGUGUCGGGCAGCUCCAGGAGCGCUCACAUCUCAGGGCUUUCUCCCAGCACUGAUUUCAUUGUCUACCUCUCCGGGAGCUCGGGCGGGUUCCGCACGCGGGCGGUCAGUGCUGCGGCCACCACAGUAGAGGAACCUCUCCUUAGCAACCUCAGUGUCUCAAACGCUACCUCAGCCAGCCUGUCGCUCACCUGGGAGGCGCAGGACAAGGCCUUUGACCAUUUUAUCCUGGAAGUCAGGAACUCUGACUUCCCCUUGGACUCCCUGGUGCUCACGGUGCCGGGGGACUCUCGGCACCACGUAGUGACCGACCUCAAAGCUGCCACUAAUUACACAGCCCAGCUCCAUGGGGUAAUUGAUGGGCAAGGUGGGCAGACCUUGACAGCCAUGGCAACCACAGAGGCUGAGCCGCAGCUGGGCACGCUCACCCUCACAAAYGUUACCCCCGACAGCUUCAACCUGUCCUGGACGGCCCUGGACGGGCCCUUUGCCUCGUUCCUUAUCACCAUCCGCGAUUCCCUGGCGGAGCACGAGCCUCGCCAGCUCACGGUGUCCGGGGACGCCCGCAGYGCCCACAUCUCGGGGCUGGCUGACCACACCACCUAUGACAUUCACAUUCAGGGCACCACCAGGGAGGGUGGCACCACACAGCCCCUCACUGCUUUUGUCACCACAGAGGCCAUGCCCCCACUGGAAAACCUAACAGUGUCUGACACGAACCCCUACGGGUUCACGGUGUCCUGGAUGGCAUCGGAGAAUGCCUUUGACAACUUUCUAGUAGUCGUGGUGGAUUCUGGCAGGCUGCUGGACCCCCAGGAGUUCCUCCUUUCGGGAGCCCAGAGAGAACUGAAGCUCAAAGGCCUAAUUACUGGCAUUGGCUAUGAGGUUUUGCUUUAUGGGCUUGCCAAGGGGCACCAAACAAAGCCCCUGAGCGCCCUGGCUGUUACAGAAGCAGAACCCGAGGUCGACAAUCUCCUGGUUUCCGACGCCACUCCAGAGGGAUUCCGCCUCUCCUGGACUGCGGAUGAGGGGGUUUUCAACAGCUUUGUUCUAAAAAUCAGGGACACCAGAAGGAAAUCUGACCCYCUGGAGCUGAUAGUGCCAGGCCAUGAGCGCACCCAGGAUAUAACAGGGCUGAAAGAGGGCACUGAAUAUGAGAUUGAGCUCUAUGGAGUUGGCAGUGGACAGCGUUCCCAGCCCGUAAAUGCUGUAGCAUCCACAGUGGUUGGCUCUCCCAAGGGCAUUUCCUUCUCUGACAUCACGGAAAACGCCGCCACAGUCAGCUGGACCCCGCCGCGCUCCCGCGUGGAAAACUUCCGCGUGUCCUACGUCCCCGUCACGGGAGGUACUCCAAAUGUUGUCACAGUCGAAGGCAGCAAGACAAGGACCAAGCUGGUGAAGCUGGUCCCAGGUGUGGACUACAACGUCAGCAUCAUCUCUGUGAAAGGCUUUGAGGAAAGCGAGCCCRUCUCUGGCAUCCUGAAAACAGCUCUGGACAGCCCCUCAGGCCUGGUGGUGGUGAACAUCACUGAUUCUGAAGCUCUGGCUACGUGGCAGCCAGCGAUCGCUGCUGUGGAUAACUACGUGGUGUCCUACUCCUCUGAGGAAGGCCUGGAUGCCCCCAGAGAUUUGAUUGCCACUGAGGUUCAGUCAGAAGCAGCAGUGAUCAGCUGGAGGCCUCCCCGUGCUCCUGUCACUGAAUAUCUCCUGAUCUACGAAUCCAUCGAUGGCAGAGUCAAGGAACUCGUCCUAAACCCUGAGACAACUUCCUACAGCCUGACAGAGCUGAGCCCCUCCACCCAGUACACGGUGAAGCUGCAGGCACUGAGCAGGGCCCUGAGGAGCAAAAUCAUCCAGACCAUCCUCACCACGACUGGGCUCCUGUACCCCUACCCCAAGGACUGCUCCCAGGCCCUCCUGAACGGYGAGGCCACCUCUGGGCUCUACACCAUUUACCUGAACGGGGACAAGGCGCAGCCCCUGGAGGUGUUCUGUGACAUGGGCGAGGACGGCGGCGGCUGGAUCGUGUUCCUGMGGCGUCAGAAUGGCAAGGAAGAUUUCUACAAGAACUGGAAGACUUACGUGGCAGGGUUUGGAGAUCCUAAGGAGGAGUUCUGGAUAGGUCUGGAGAACUUGCACAAAAUCACCUCUCAGGGGCAGUACGAGCUGCGGGUGGACCUGAGGGACAAGGGGGACACGGCGUACGCGGUGUACGAUCGCUUCAGCGUGGGCGACGCCAAGAGCAGGUACCGCCUGCGCGUGGAUGGCUACAGCGGCACGGCAGGUGACUCCAUGACCUACCACAAUGGAAGGUCCUUCUCCACCUUUGACAAGGACAACGACUCUGCCAUCACCAACUGUGCUCUGUCCUACAAGGGAGCCUUCUGGUACAAGAACUGCCACCGAGUCAAYCUGAUGGGCAGAUAUGGGGACAACAGCCACAGUCAGGUGAGCACGGGCUCUGAGGGCUUCUGGGAUAGGUGAGGGAAGGGGAAUUGC